AUGUCUGACUCUUUGCCAUAUGCUGCUGAAGCCGAAGCUCCAUUAUCUCAUGCUGAACUUAAUGUUCUACGUAAACAAUACGAACGGGAAGGAAAAGAGGAAGCUACAACUCAAACAAAAUUUAAUUACGCAUGGGGGUUAAUACGAAGUAAAAGUAAAAGUGACCACCUGACAGGAGUUACAUUAUUUGCAGAAAUCUUUAGAGAUUCGCCAGAACGUCAACGCGAAUGCUUGUAUUAUCUAGCACUUGGGUAUUACAAAUUAGGAGAAUACAGUCAAGCUCGGGAUUAUAAUUCUCGACUUUUGGAGCUUGAACCGAAUAAUUUACAGGCAGAUUCACUAAAACUACUGAUAGAGGAUGCAGUGAGUCGAGAAGGAAAAACUGGGCUCUUUAUAGUGGGCGGUGCAGUUGCCAUUGUCGCAGCUUUAUCAUUAUAUGUUGCCAAAAGAAGAAAUGAAUAA